AAGAAUUCAGUCGCGUACGGCCGUCUGUUCAGAACGUUACGCGAUACGUUUGAUGUGUGAACAGAUUCGACGGAAAUCCGCAAAAAUUGUGAACAUUUUGAUAAAAAAAGACGUUUUCCAGGUCGUGCCGAGUUUAUUACAAGCAAUUUUGAAUUCCCAAAGACGGACCGAUUCAGAUUUGACUAUUGGGAACCACUAGCCGGUCGGUGUAUUAAUUUGAGACCGAUAACAAGUUUGAAAUUGACUUUUCGAGUGGUUCUGUGCGAAUUCAGUUGAAAUUAAAGUGCGCCUGUACCAGAUAAUUUGUUAAUUUCUUAUUGAAAAAGUUUAAAAUAAAGUACUUUUUAGAAGAAGAUGCGUAAUCUGAUGGAGAAACAAAACUCAUCCUGGUUUGCGUUACUUUUGACAGCCUUCUACUCCGUUGUGGCUAGUUCUCGUGCUGAGGAGUGCGGACACGAAGAGUUGACAAGGUGUGCCAGGCCACUUCAACAAAUCACUCAGAACAACGAUCUCAGUUUUUUCCCCAAGAAAGAAGAACUUGAACGACUUUGCCCGAAAUUGGAAGACAGUGUCAAGUGUAUCAAUUCCUAUACCUUGAAGUGUCUGAAGGAGAAGCAGAGGGAUCACUUCAAUUCGCUUUACGCCGGUACGAAUAUGGCGAUUAGGGAGCUCUGUCAAGAAGGACCUUAUCAAGAUGCUUUCCUGGAGCACGUUCCCUGUAUGCAGAAAAAGUCAGUCAAAAUCGAAUACGAGAAAUGCUCAACCGCUUAUCAGAAUGGAUUGAAGGAAAUGGGAAAUUCUUCAUCACUCUCAGGACAUGGUGCUCCAGCUACUCUCAAAACUAUAUGCUGCUCCUUCCAAGCGUACUUAGACUGUUCGCAUAAUGUAGUGCUUAAAGAAUGUGGCCAGGAAGCCGCAGAAUUCACUAAAGGAUUUCUGGAUAGAAUGUCGAAUUCUCUAAAAGAGAAUCACUGUAAAACUUAUCCACUCUCAACAUGCCCAGGUAACAGUGCAAGUUUGAUUAGCUUCUCCAGGCUAUUGCUCCCAGUUCUCAUCUUACUGAGCAGAUACUUCACGUAAAUCGUCUCGCAAAUAUCGCGAGCCGGUAAAGAAAGUUCGCCUUGGGUCUCGUUUUACACAAUGAAACUUAAGUGUGCCCCGUGCCAACUUGCGAUCAAUAGAAAAAUAAAUGAAAUGCCACCUCGAGUCCAAAAUUUCGUCGCAAGUACGUUUUUAAUGCCCUACAACUCGUCUGUGACGAAAAAUAGGUUUCACUCUUCUGUGAUGUUUUCGAUCUAGACGAAAGUUAAUGAAUAGAGGAGCUGAAGAAAGCAGAAAAUAAAGAUGAAAACGGAGGAGAAAAUCCUGAACAUGCGUUAGUCAGAAUUGAUUUAGUGAGUCUAAUUAACCUGAAGCUCUAACACGUCCGUUAGGAAAGUAUUUUUUAGGGCCGCAGACAUGGCUGUGUCUAGUUAAGGGUGUUCUAAAACAUUAAUCUCAUUUUAAUUCCUUUUCUACUCUCGGCUCGGAUUCUUUAACAAUCAGCAUCUCAAUUUUGUUUGCUUGAACGCAAACAAUCAUUUUCGGUGACUUAAUUAUAGCAAUGGAAAUUACCUCUCAAAGUAAGAUAAAGGAAAGCAAGCAGGGAUGUGUUUUUCUUUUAAAAAUACAUACGCUUUUUCGCAAGUGAUACCCCUCGGUUUUUGGCAAAACGUAGGAACUCUCACUAUAUCUUGUUUCAAGUAUGAGCUCAUUUCCAUUCUUAUAAUCUGUACUUAUUCAAUCAUAAUUGACUAUGAUUGAGAAACUAUUUAAAAGUUGAGAUGUAGAAUUCGGUGCCGUCCGCGGGACUAAAAUCGGAAAAACUGAGAUUUCGGAACACCUGCUAUAAAUCGUAAAAUUUGAGAGCAGAUUACUUGAAAACCGUACAUGUCAUAUACGUUUCUAUAGUGCGACAAGACGCUUGUAUCAAAUACUCGUAAUAGCAACACCUCUACUUGCAAUACCGCUGCUAUAAAUCACUAUUAAUUAAAAGUAAUCGAGAUGGCUCACGAGUCUCGAGGGAUGCUGCUGAGUUGUCUCCACCGCAUGUCAUGUCAGAAUCAUGAUUAAAAGGCACAGAAGCGACUUUCAAAGAUAAAGACUAAAUCAAUUUUAAAUGGACACGUUUUAUUAUAAAAAUUAGUCCACCUCUCUAUUAAAGAUUCGCGUACAAGCCUGCAUUUUUUAAAAAUGUGAUUCUGUUCUUUUGUGAUUCUUCCUAUUUUGAUACGUAUGUAAUUGUAACAACGGUUUAGAGUUUGGCUUAAAUUCAAACUCCAAAGGGGGACAAUAAGAGUCCUUAAGAAUUUGAUAGACGAUUUUUUUUUUAGCAACUUUAGAUUUAACCUCGCGUGUUAUAUGCAUCGUCCUUUUCGUGAGGUCUGAAAAGUGAACCAAGCGAUAAAAAUAAUUGAUAGAAGAAGAUAGAUUCCCUUUCAUAAAAUAAAUGUCAUAUCAAUAAGAGCCUUUUUGAAAAGAAUCUCCAAGUAUUGAGCGUAAAGAAUCUCUCGUAUUCACUAGAAUCAGACUUCUCGGAAAUCGUCGAUCGAAAAAGGCCGCGAGCAUUCUCGCUAUUUUUGUACUGUGUACAUGUAAGAGAUAUUUAGUGUAUAUGUGUCGUUUUUUGAAAGCUCAGUUUCUCUCCAAAAGCUGGGCUUUGACGCUUUGAUGCUUCGUUUCUAGGUUUCAGUAAAAGCCCUCCUAUUCGAGAAAUACAAACGCUCGCAUACCAACGUCCAUUAUUGGGACGCUUCUCAUCGAUUAGUUUUAUUAAUACGCGCACGAUAAAAUCGCUUAGUGAUUGAGAACGAGAGCGAGAUCAUGAGACUCGCUGAAUUGACUCACUUAAGGAUAUUUAAAAUUGUAAUGCAGGAUUUUAAUCAUUAGAAAAACAUUUUCCUGUGUAUAAAUUAGAGUACGUUUUUAAUAUGAUUUUCGAUCUGGUUCUCUUUCAUCAGCAGAAUUUGUUAUGCUAUUGCGUCAAGCUGUACAUAAUUUGUUGACGCGAUGCAUGAUCAGCGUUAUGGAAUUACGAAAGGUAAUUAUAAAUAGUUGAAAAGCGUCCUAGAUUCUUCGCGUAACACUGAAAGUUAUAGUAUUAUUACAUGCAAGUUCAUCUGUACCUUCUACUCGCAUUGCAGCUUUCUAGAGAUAUGUGCACGAUUUAUUUCCGUGGCGAGAAGCAGAAUGAGUGUAAACUUAUUUGCAUGAGUGGAUAUGAUAGAGAAAGAAAAAAAGAAAAAGAGAAACCAGAGAGUGUUCUGGUGCAAGAAGGAACAAAUGUGAAGUUGUGCUUUUCCCUAUCAAAUCACGGAAAGUGCAUCGAUCUCGAGAACGAUAUUUAUUUGUAAAAUAAGUAAAAGUUGUUGUAAAUAUAGUUUUUAUCAUACAGGUCCGGAAAUGUUUUGGUGACACUGUCAAAUAAUUUAAAAUGUUCGUAAUAAAUCGAUUAUUUUUCU